AUGUUAAGAUCCAACACUAGAUCAUCUAUCAAGACUUUUGUUCGUCACUUGUCCCACAAAGAAUUGAAAUUCGGAGUUGAAGGUAGAGCUGCCUUGUUGAAAGGUGUCAACACUUUAGCUGAUGCUGUCUCUGUCACUUUAGGUCCAAAGGGUCGUAAUGUUUUGAUUGAGCAACAAUUUGGUUCUCCAAAAAUCACCAAGGAUGGUGUUACUGUUGCCAGAUCAAUCACCUUGGAAGAUAAAUUUGAAGAUUUGGGUGCUAAAUUAUUACAAGAAGUUGCCUCCAAAACUAAUGAAAGUGCUGGUGAUGGUACUACUUCUGCCACCGUUUUGGGUAGAUCCAUUUUUACUGAAUCCGUUAAGAACGUUGCUGCUGGUUGUAACCCAAUGGAUUUGAGAAGAGGUUCCCAAGCUGCUGUUGAAGCCGUUAUUGAAUUUUUGCAAAAAAACAAAAAAGAAAUUACCACUUCUGAAGAAAUUGCCCAAGUUGCCACCAUUUCUGCUAACGGUGACACUCACAUUGGUAAUUUGUUAGCCAGUGCUAUGGAAAAAGUUGGUAAAGAAGGUGUUAUCACUGUUAAAGAAGGUAAAACUUUGGAAGAUGAAUUGGAAGUCACUGAAGGUAUGAAAUUCGACCGUGGUUUUAUUUCUCCAUACUUUAUCACCAACACCAAGACUGGUAAAGUUGAAUUUGAAAACCCAUUGAUUUUAUUGUCUGAAAAGAAAAUUUCCAGCAUCCAAGACAUUUUGCCAUCCUUGGAACUUUCUAACCAAACCAGAAGACCAUUGUUGAUCAUUGCUGAAGAUAUUGAUGGUGAAGCUUUGGCUGCUUGUAUCUUGAACAAAUUGAGAGGUCAAGUUCAAGUUUGUGCCGUUAAAGCUCCAGGUUUCGGUGACAACAGAAAGAACACUUUGGGUGAUCUUGCCAUCUUGACUGGUGGUACCGUCUUUACUGAAGAAUUGGACAUUAAACCAGAAAAUGCCACCAUUGAACAAUUGGGUUCCGCUGGUGCCAUCACUGUUACCAAAGAAGACACUGUUUUGUUGAACGGUGAAGGUUCCAAAGAAAACUUGGAAGCUAGAUGUGAACAAAUCAGAGCUGUUAUUAAUGACACUGCUACCACUGAAUACGAAAAGGAAAAAUUACAAGAAAGAUUAGCUAAAUUGUCUGGUGGUGUUGCUGUCAUCAAGGUUGGUGGUUCUUCCGAAGUUGAAGUUGGUGAAAAGAAGGAUCGUUACGACGAUGCUCUUAAUGCCACCAGAGCUGCCGUUGAAGAAGGUAUCUUGCCAGGUGGUGGUACUGCUUUGAUUAAAGCUUCCAGAAUUUUGGAUGAAGUUAAAGAAAAAGCUGCCAACUUUGACCAAAAAUUGGGUGUUGAAACCAUCAAAUCUGCUAUUACUAAACCAGCCAAGAGAAUUAUUGAAAAUGCCGGUGAAGAAGGUGCUGUUAUUGUUGGUAAGAUUUACGAUGAACCAAGCUUCAACCACGGUUACGAUUCUGCCAAAGGUGAAUUCACCGAUAUGAUUGCUGCUGGUAUCAUUGAUCCAUUCAAGGUUGUCAAGAACGGUUUAGUCGAUGCUUCUGGUGUUGCUUCCUUGUUGGCCACUACCGAAUGUGCUAUUGUUGAUGCUCCACAACCAAAGGGUGCUGCUGCUGCCCCAGCUGCUCCAGGAAUGGGUGGCAUGGGUGGAAUGCCAGGUAUGUUCUAA